ACAGUCGGGAACAUCAUGAUUGUCUGUUCUCGAUGUAUUGCAGAGCUGCGAUCAUCAUGCCUGGAUCAAUUUUUGAAACUGUAUUUGAAGGAACUGUACAGCCAAGAAGAGACAGGCAUAACCAAGAGUUCUUUGAAGUUUAGUGAUAUGCAGAGUGUUGGCAAUGUUCUGGCGACAGAAUUUAUGGCUGAUAUUCAACGGCUUUGUAACAGCGCCAAGAGUGAGGACGAUGCAUCUGGAGUGGUGAAUUACCUUUUAGAACAGAGAGGAUGGAUGUUGCUACAGGUCUUGCAACACAUUGGUGUAAAGAACCUUACAUGUGGGGAAGAAUUUGUCACUCUACUGGUAUCCUUGCUCAAUUUAACUUGUGGAUUUCCAGUAGUAAAAAGAAAAGGAGAUGCUCAAACUGGUGUUGAGUUCGAGCUUCAAGACUUAGAGCAAUGUCUACAGCAUGGAGCAUCACUUGCAUCCAAGAGGAGCCAUGUUUUGGCAGGGCGCCACCUUCUGGACAUGCGUUCCACCAACAAGAGACAACAGAAGGUCAACAUUUCUGAAGUGCAUAUUGAUACAUCAGGGUCUGAGGAAGACAAAAAUGAGAACUCUGCUGGAAGAAAGAAGUCCAAGGCAAAAUUACACACCUCACUUCAAACUCUCUCUAAAGACUUUGCCUUCCUGAGUGAUUAUGCUCAAUCAUUUGACCAGAAGGGAAAGCAGGAAGAGGUGCAGCUUGGAAAGAAAGAUGUCAGCCCUCUGGAGUUAUGUAUUUUGGUGCUUGCUUUGGUUCAGGAUGUGUGCCAAAGUGAUAUUUCUCCAAUAUUGCCCAGUAGAAGCGUCUCAGCUGAUGUGCUCCCCCUGCUUACUCAGCUUCUCUCUGACCUACACAAGGACAAUGACCCAAGUCAACAUGCUCUCCUUAGAGGCUGGACACAGCAAGAAGUGAUCACAUUUGAGAGACAUCUGAUAAGAGCUAUAUUUGCUCUCUCGGCUGUGCUUAGCCGCAGAUCAGACACAGGGGGCUUGGCUUUAGUGGAAAUUGGACUCAUCCCUACACUCCUUGAUGUAGCCAGGUUAGCAUUGACAAAUGCUAGACUGAAUUCACUAUACAGAAGUGAAAAAGAAAUCACUGCCACCAUUGUUAAAGGAGACACCAGUUUCUUGUUGGACAUACUCAAAGGUAUUCUGCUUUUGUUGGAGGUUGUAUUUGAUAAUCUUCCCUGUAAUUUGACAUACCUGAACAAUGCUCUUAGACUGUUCACAGAUUUUAAAGAAGCAAAAGGCUUUGAAUUAGUUGAAAGUGUAAUCAAGUACUUGGACGAAACAAUCAAAGAGAAUAGAUCAACAAAACAAGUGAGUGCUCCUGCUAAGCAUAUCCAAGAGCUGUUGUCGUGCCUGGUAAGAGUGAUGGAUGCACUAAAGAGAGCCAAGGUGGACUACAUCCAUGCUAUUAAAUGCCUCAAGAAGAAACACAAGGCAUGCAUGAGCACGUACCAUCGUUAUAUCCACCACCAUCACGACACCCUGGGGGAGGCAUGCUCUCUCCAAGAAGAACACCUCUUCCUGCAGAGUGACAGUCAGGGGAGUAUAGAUGGCCAGCAGUUGGAAGGACAGUUGUCUGAUUCUGUAGGAGGAUCCAUUUGUGCUGCAGCAGCCAUAGCCUUGUUUUUGCUCAAACUUUUCAAAUCGGUGCAAUCUAGGUAUUCUUUAACCAACAUACUAUACUGUAUUGACAAUUCAGGACUGUGCUGCUGCAUUCCUCCAGAGUUUUUGAUCAAGCCCAUGCUGCAAGGGUUCAGUAAGAAAAGCCAGUCUCUGAGAAACUACACUUUGAUUAUUCUAGUCAAACUGCUUUUGGAGCAAUGUGGUGGAGCCAAAGUUGGUGCUGAUAAAAUGGAUCCAUGCAGUGUGUGCACCAAAAAUCCCCCUGUGUUUACACCAGCUGAUCACACACAGAAGACUAUAGAGGAGAAAAUAACAGCCUCAGAUAGUGCUCUGUCCAGCAGUGAAGUUAGCUUACAGAGUGACAAUCAAGAUCAACAGAAGCCCAAAUGGAUGGUGCUCAAAGUUUUCUCUGACCUCAUUAUGCAGGAAAAUGAGACAGUCAGCUCACAGGUUGCAAAGCACUUGUUGAGACUGGGCUAUCACAGUGGUGAUGAGUUGAAGCAUGAGCUGUUCAGAUGUGUUUUCCUGCCCCUCCUUCAAAGAAUUAAAAGCUCAAAGACAAACGACUUUCCUGAGGUUGUAUCACAAUAUGUGGUGGGUGCUCUACCACACCUUCUUCAAGCCAAACCUACUCAGGAGUUGUUCUUGCUGCAAGAUGGAGUUCAGCACCUCUGUAGCCUGGUCUUCAAGGACAAUCUGCGUGAGCCAGUUCUGAAAGUAUUUGAGGUACUAAUUACUGCAGAUGUUAAGGAAGCUGAGAAAAUGGCAAGUCCAGACUACAGUCCCAGUGGUAAAACCAAUACCAGGGUGCCACCAUCUUCACUUCAGCAGAGCCCAUCAAAGGCGGCCAGUAUCCCAAGAUAUUACUCUGCAGAGUUUGUAAUUCCAGCCUUUCUUGAGUUAUUGCUUGAAUCAGAUGAUGAAGAUAUGGAUAAAAGUGAUGAAACAGACUUUGGGUCAAGCAGAAAGUUUGGAGCUUUUAUGAAAGACCAGUUGCUUCCAAAUGUAUUGUCAUCUUUGUCUGAUAUAUGGAGCACAGCUGAAAGACUGGUUCAAAACAGUAAACCAUUUGAGGACCUUUUCACGAGAAAAGGUGGGCCUGGUGCUGCCUAUUGCUUGCUGCUAAAGUUGUUGGAGUUGGUGACAGAAAAAGAGAAACCAUUUGAGGAAAACAUUGAAUUGGAUGGCUGCACCCAAGCAGACUCUGUUACUGAUACUAUAAGCAUUGGUUCUGCUACAAUUUCUGAAUGUUCAUAUCCAGGCACACCAAGGGAAAGCCUGCAGGAGGAUACCAAAGUGCCUCAGGUUUUACUGACCAAACCAAGUAAUGACCCCCACACUGUUCUCAAGCAUAAAUUACUACUUAUAGAAGCUCUGGUCAAAAUUUGCCUUCGCUGCUGCGCCAAGGAUUCUCUUGGGAAACAGAGUCUGACAGAAACUGAACUAUCAGAGAAAGUAUACUGCAUUUUGAAUGAUAAUUUCCCAACAAAUGCCAGUCAUGUCAUAGCAUUAUGUGAUACUUUGCUAAACUGUGCUGUUGCCUCUGAAAAGAUGAAGGAUCCUUUGGCCUCUAGCAGUCUGGCACUCAUGCAUUUGAAAGAGGAUGAUUUCCUAGAGGGAGAAGAAGACUUGCUGGAGCUGAGUGACCUGGGAAGUGGACGCGACAGUGAGCCUGGGAGCAAUGAGGCAGGCUAUGAGGCAGACGAGGAGUACACCACAGAUGCCAGUGACUUGUUGAAAGCUAACAGGUCUAGUUAUAAAAGAAUGCAGUCUAUGCCUCCCAGUGUGAACAAGCACCAGGUGAUCUUCCCACAAGUUGUGACAGUUACCAUGAGGCUGCUCUCCUCACACUGCCUCCAUGAUGUACCAGUAGUGAACUGUGUGGCACAGAAAGUUAUUGCUCUGGUGAAAGAUGCACCAGCCAAUGUACAGUCACUCUAUAACCAGGGGUUGCUAAGUGUUCUUUUGAAUGGAUUUCAUGGGGUUCUGACGAAGUCUGUCAAGGAAUGGAGAGUGGCACAAGAAUUUGUUUUAGAGUUGUGUUUCUACUUGGCAAGACACUCCAUUUCUUCUGAGGAGCUGCAGAUAUGCUUAAGGAUGAUUAAUGAACCUGAUCCACCUUUGGAUGCAUUGUUGACUCUUCUCAACAAACUGACCGAGAGUAUAGAAAUCCAGCCAACGUAUUGUCUACAGUUUCCAAAUACCAAGCCCGACUCGUCACAUGUAUUGGAAGAAACAGUCUCCCUGGCAGCUCAAGGUUUUUAUCAGAGUGUACAGAGAUCCAUAAGCUUGUUUGCCUCGACCAGGAACUCCUCGGCAAGUUCCUUACAGGAAGACAGUCUUUUACGGAGCAUUUCAUUGGAUGAAAAAGAGGAGAAGAAAAAGAAACCAUCUUUGUUUUCAGGAAGCAGUUUAUUUAACAGAGUGACUGAAAGCCUGGGUAUCAGUGAUACUGUAUCUCUGAGCUGUGAUGCUCCUGUUGAGAUAGAGUUCAAAGAUAAAGUCACCUGGAAGGAAGGGUUCAGUACAUCUUUGUGGCUCCGCCUGGUGAGAGGAGGACAGGAUGAAAUCUCCUAUAACAAAGCAAAGAAGGCGAGAAAGAGGGGCAAGUCUGUAAUGUUCACAGAGAGCAGUGAAGAAAAUUCAGUGUCUGAAGCCAAUAAGAAUGGUGGGUCCAUGACCAAGGGAAGUAAUGGUGCCAAGUAUUUUGAUAAUAAAGGCAAACUGACAAGGAAGAACUCUUCACAGAGGCUCCUGACUGAUAGCUACUUGCAUGUGUUGUCUGUUGGCUGCAAUGAGAAGACAGCUGAUGUGAUAUUUGAGGUCUGGAUAGAUCCCUCCACUGGUAUAAUUGUGUUUAGAAUAACCCAGCAGAAAGAAGUGUUGACAGAUGUGCAGUUGGCUGGUGCUCUCUCCUCCAAUAGAUGGCAGCACGUAUCACUGAUGUACUCUGAGCCUAUUGAGCUUUCUUCCAAAGCUCUGCGUGGAGUGGUUAGAGUGAUGGUGGAUGGAGGGGAAGUUAGAGAGAAGGAACUUGAGUACACACUCAUCCAGAAAAGACCCAGUAAAACGUUUGCUAAAUUGUGGCUGGGUCACUCCAAAACAGUGGCAGAUCUCUCAGGUUCUGCUGGUUCUUGGCUGAUGGGCAGUUUGAUGAUCUUCAGAGGUACUGUGAUCACCCCAGGACUUGCCUUCCAUCUGUUUGGCCUGGGCCCAGACUGCUGUAGUGUUAGCCAGUGUGACUCUUCAGAACAGGAGGCUAUCUACAUGUACCAUAUCAAUCCUCAGUCUUUGGACACCGCUGGUAUCAAUCAGGAGGUCCUCAUAGGCAACAGGAGUGAAGAUCUGCAACCUCUAAGGGAAAACUUGCUCAUGGUCUACAUACCAAAAAACCCACAACAGGUCAACAUGUAUGACCCCUGUGGUCCAAAAGAUGGCAAAACCCUGACACGGCUAGCCAUGUCCCUGUCCACAGCACAGAAGGCCAGCAGUGAGAAGAUCUUGAGGCAGCCUCUGCAGGUGAAACCAAUCAAGGGGCAGUCCAGUGUGAUCCCUCUCAUGCAUCGCGGCAUAGAAAUCACCGUUGAUGAGAUAGGAGGAGUUGGAGUUUUCCUGUUUUUGUUUGCAAAGGUGGUGGAAAACUCCACAGAGCAGGAGCAAGCAAGUGCUCUCCGCCUGUUGUUCAGUCUACUGAGACACAGUAAGAAACAUGCCCAAGACUUUAAGGAAAUGUCAGGAUACUCCCUGCUGGCCAAGGUCAUGUCCACUGAUAAGUUCAUCAACAGCUUUCAGGUCUUGAAGGUUCUUCUGGAUGCCUGCCUCAGUGAAUCAGUCAUCCACUUCAACACAGUGACCAAGGCAUACUCAUUUAUUCCAUAUGCCAAAGCUAUAAUCCAAGAUGUCAGUAUUGUUAGAGAGAUCUUGUUGGCUUGGAAAGUGUGGGACAAAGGAAAUGUGGAAGUGUGGCAUUUGUGCUUUGUUGCAUUGGAGGAGUUGAUCAAAGAACAACACCCUUAUAGGGAGUUUAAUAGACAGCAACUCCACUGUGCUAAAACUGUGGACAAGUUGUUAGUUACAUGCCAGGAAAGGAUCCAGGAGGCAUGUCCCUCUCUGCCACUACCAAUCUGCAGUAGUAUGGUGAAGAUCAUAGGUCACAUGAUGGGGAGUCCUCCUGAUAUUAACAUAGUAGUCACAGUGUGCGAUUUCCUCCUCAUUGCUCACCCUGCUGCUAGCACAUUCAUCAACCACACUGCCAAUUCAUUUUGGUUCACACACCACUGGGCUUCUGGCAAAAAAGAAAAGAAGAAAGAGAAGCAGAGUUUGUCCAGCACACCCUCUAAGGGCAGAAGUCCCAGCAGAACCUGGCAUCGUAGCGUUGAAGAUGUGGUAGAAACUGACCAACGAAAUCUUACUGCAGAUGUCAUUGCCGGAGAGAGAAGACUGUCUGUUAGCUUACCAAGUUCUCCAAACACUGUCAAAAGGCAGUUGAGCUUCAAGGAUAGUAAUUUCCAGUUUGUGGCAUCCGAAAACAGUGACAGUGACAUACUUCUCUCAUCUGCUGAAUCUAGAUCUAGAUCACAAACAUACCCACCUUUAGCAGGUUGCCUCGAUCAAAAAGAACUGACUCAUGCGCUGACUACUAUUUCAACUGACACAAAUGAGGAUAAUAUUGAAGACAAGGAAGCUUUGAAUGACGUGGAAAAUGAAGAAGUGUUCCCACCACCUCAAGUUGAAGAAAAUGAUAAUUCUAAAGAUAUCUUUUCUAAAGCAAGAAAUUCAGCACAUACAAGAAUAAAUGUUCAUUCAACUACCAUGGACUCUGAUGCUUGUGUCAUCUCCCUGGGGUCAGCUUCAGAAGAUCAGAUUGAGCACAGAGAUACUUUCAGAGGCGGGGAUCAGGAAGGUCCUGAGAUCUCAGCGAGGAUACCAAGUAAAGAUCAUUCAACCCCAGAAUCCUACAUGACUGCUGUAUCUGGUUCUAGUGUUAAUACCAAGAUUGCAGAUGAUACCAGUCCUGUUAUAUCACCAGGAACUGGUGAAGUGACUGAAGGUGGCGCCACUGCACAGUCUAAACCUAAAGAGUUGCAGAAUGACAGCAGUAACCUUUUAAGUGAUGUUAGCUAUAGUCAAAGUGAAGACUGGGAACUGUAUCCAGAUCCAACUUCUAUGAAUAGUGUGCAAGUGUCUCUGGAAAAUGCCAAUAAAGAUGGCAUUGAUGAGGUAGAUGAAGGAGAGAAGGGAUUAGUUGUUGUCUGUUCAGGCCUGCUUCAGCUUUUGCAAGGAGUCGUGAUAAAUUUGUGUGAUGUAGCUUCCAAGAGGAUACUGGGAAUGGUUUUACGUCCUGAGGUCCUGUUAGUGUUAGCUCAUCACAAUUCUCCUGAGAUCAGAACUGCAGUAGUACAGCUCCUAGAUGUCUAUUUCCACCGUGCCACAGAUGAACAGUGCGAGAACUUCCUGAAGAUUCAGGGAUUCCACCUCCUAGGCAGUCAGCUCCACCAGCAUCAGGCUACCCGCUCACUGGUGGAGGCCUGCCUGGCAAUGGUGUUUGGGAAGUUACACAGCAUGAUAGAUGACAUCGACCCUAACCAGCUUUCUGACCUCCGCCCACUGCAACAGUCAGCCAUCACCCCAGUCCUGGCACUGAUGGAGAAAACUGUCUAUGACACAUCCCUGUGCCAUAAUGCCAUAUGUCUGCUCAUUCAGUUGUUUGAGACGGCCCCACAGAUGACGCAGGUGAUGCUGGAGAAUGGUCUGGUAGAGGUGCUGGGCAACAUGGUAGCAGCCAUCAACAAGAAUGAACCUAGAAUAUCUGACAUAAUUGGUGAGGAUGAGCAGCAGAUUGUAGUAGAAGAUAUCCAGCAUUUUGCUGCCAUGAUUGCAGUCAAGACAUUCAGCACAUCAGGAGUGUCAUGCUACCAGCAGUUUGAUGACAUGAUGACAAUGUUUUCUAUAUUAGAGAUGAAGGAGGAAGAAAGAUAUGGCUUGCAGUCAAGAGCUGUGGAAAAUGUCCGCAGCAUCCAGUGUUCAUGUUUCCAAGCUGUUUUAGAAUUUGUAGAGACCAAGUGUACAAUAGAAGACAGAGGGGUAGUGGCUAAUCUGCCAUUGCCAUAUAUAAAGUCUGCUUCAUCCCUGAAUGAUCAGAGCCCUCUGGCCCUCCCAGUUGUCACCAGUCGUAGGAAGACAGAAGGUGCAGUGUCCUUGGUCCCUGUCACUGAGAGAGAAGUCACCCUGGAAGUAAGUGAAGAGAGUCCAGAGAGUGGUGCUGAGGAUGUGGUGGAUACUGUUUUUAACCUCAAUGCUUCUAGAACAGAGAGAUAUCUUGGUUUGGACCCCAGUAGACGGCACAGUACUGCAGCAGUAUUCGAGGGUGGGUUGCUACAAACUACGACCAAAAAAGGCAAAGACAUAGUUGGGAAGCUGACAAUCAGUGAACUCAUCGACCGUUUUAAGAAGACUUUGGUGAAAGCUGUGGAUAUUGUGACUUGCUCUGGACAAAUUGACAUUGAGUAUCAUGUGAAGAAGUUGCAGUUGAUGGGUAAAGAUGAUUCCAACCCAGCCACACAUGAGCAUCAUUUCCAGAGAUUUCUGCUGAACUUUUUACUCAAAGCUCUGGCUGAAUCUCAGGAAAGACACAAAGGCCCCAAAAAAGAAUGGAACACCCUCUUGUGGUCAUCAAAAGAUUUGAUAAGGGUUGAAUUCAUCAAGUUACUGGUGUUAAUGCUGUCCCCAGUCCAGUACUUGGCACAGAGAACCUUUGCAGUCAGUUGUAUUGUACAACUGGACAAUGCUGGAGAUCUGCUCAAACUCUCUCUCAGUUCAUCAUCUGCACAGGGCCCCAGAGUGGCGUAUUACCUGUAUGAACUGUACACGUGUCAUGAGGUCAGCUUUCAGGACAGGGAGGCUGGCAGGGUAUUGAUGAACACAUUGAAACAUUGUGAUAUUACACCCAUACUGCCAGACACUUCUCUGUCAGAGGAUCAAGAAGCUAGUAUUGAGGAGGAUAUAAAACAUUGGGCAGCAGAUGACAAGAAAGCAAAAAAGAGAUGGAUGAGUAGAAGAAAAGAAGUAGAAAACAGAAUCAUCCACAAGCCAGACACUCUAGCCAAGCAACUGUCCACUCAUGCCAUGGAGGAGACCCAGACAGUGGUUAAUAUACAGAGCCUGGAGAGAAGCAAGUUUAUUGACCACAUCAAACUGUCCAUGGCCAACAGUUUGCAGAUCAAAAAGGCGUGGCAUCAUUUGGUGGAGCAACUUACCCAUGAAAGGGCAGUGUGGUAUAGCCCAAGUACCUAUCCCAAGUCCUGGCAAUUAGACCCCACAGAAGGACCCUGGCGAGUGAGGAAAAGACUUGAGAGAUGUCAUUUAUUGUUAAGAGAGAAGUUUUUGAAACCAGACCAUCAGGGGAAACUGAGAACAGCUGACUUCAAGGGUCCUUUGACAUAUCUCUUUGAAUCUGAUGACCAAAUGUCUGACUCUGCAAAACUCAUCUACAGGCUACAUACUAAUGAGAAGAUAACGCUAACCAUGAGGAGCACUAAUGUUACCCCAGUGAUAGAAACACCAGGAGAGAUAUUGGUUGGUGAGAACAAUGUUUACUUUGUUGGUGAUGCAGCAGUGAAGCAAGGAAAUACCACACAGAUUUUGACUGAAGAACAUGACAUGCUGUCUAUGACCUGGCCUCAUGAAGAAAUCAAGGAACUGCACAAAAGAAGGUUUCAGUUGAGGGAUAAUGCAUUGGAAAUAUUUUUGACCAGUGGGAAGACUUGCUUGCUGGCAUUUGAAUCCACCAGAGACAGAGACCAGCUCUUCCGUCACCUUGAUGUCCUUGAACUGGCCAAUCAGAUCAAAGGCGAGGACCCAAGCAUGGUGACACAGCUGUGGAUGGAAGGACGGAUGACCAACUUUGAGUACCUGACUCAUCUGAACAAGAUGUCUGGAAGAUCAUUUAAUGAUUUGAUGCAGUAUCCAGUGUUUCCUUUCAUCCUCAGUAACUACACCAGUAAGGAAAUAGAUCUGGAGGAUGAAAAUAUAUACAGGAAAUUGGAUCGUGCUAUUUCAAUUCAAGAGAAAAGCAAGGAAGAAAAAUACAUCACAAACUAUGAGAUAUUACAAGCUGAGUAUGAGAAGAACAUUGCAGACCCCAUGGUAGAGAACUCUGGGUUUGUAGUAGAACCCUACCACUAUGGUUCCUUGUACUCCAACAGUGGAACUAUCCUGCAUUUCCUUGUGAGACUUCUGCCAUUUACCAGGAUGCAUUUAUCCUACCAAGACAAUAAUUUUGACAUCCCAGACCGCCUGUUCCAUUCUAUGGACACAUCAUGGCGCCUUGCCAGCUUUGAGUCCAGCACUGAUUUCAAAGAGUUGAUUCCAGAGUUUUUCUUUCUGCCUGAAUUCUUGGAAAACAAUGAAGGAUUUAAUCUUGGAACAAGACAAGGGGGAGAAGUUGUAGAGAACGUUCUCCUGCCACCCUGGUGUAGAAACAACCCCAGGCUUUUCAUCCUUAUCCACAGACAGGCCUUGGAGUCCACCUAUGUGUCUAAUAACAUCCACAACUGGAUAGACCUCAUCUUUGGUUUUAAGCAGACUGGGAAGGCGGCCGUUGAUGCAUUGAAUGUCUUCCACCCAGCUUGUUAUUAUGGAGUGGAUGUAGACUCAAUAAAGGACCCUCUUAAAAAGAAUGCCAGCAAGACCAUGAUCCGUACCUAUGGCCAGGUCCCUAAGCAGCUGUACCCCAGACCACAUGUAGCCUGCCAGCUGCCUACAGAGUCCAGUGCAGCUAAGAUGAUAUCUAACUUGUUGUUUUUACCAUCUGAGAAACCUCUGCAGCAGGCAGGAAGGAUAGAGAAUGAGAGGAGACAAGGAAAGGUGCGAGAAAUUGCUUGGCUCAAAAGUGUUACUACCAUAACGACCACUGAUAUCACCUGGGCAGGUAUUGUGAGCUGGGGACAUGCAGACAGCAUUGUUAGAAUACAGAAUAAGAAAAAUCAGCCUCCUGUUAAUUUUCUUCACUGGAACACCAAUGAACAGAUAACUUGCUGCACCUCAGUCCCAGACUGCAAGCUGUUGUUCUUUGGGGACACAUCAGGAGUGGUCACUGUCUACAGCACAAAGUUCAACACUACAAAGGCAUGUGACAUCCAAGUGACGGGCCCCCGCCAAUGUCUGUAUGGUCAUCAGGGAUCUAUUACUUGUCUUGAAGUCUGCAAACCUUUCAGCAUCUUUGUCAGUGCAGGAGAGGACGGCCGCUGUAUUAUAUGGGACCUCAACAGGCUUGGAUAUGUGAGAUGUAUUAAAUGCCAUGUGGAGCCAGUAAAUGCACUUGCCAUCAGUGAUACACUGGGAGACAUUGCUACAGCAAGUUACACAGGUCAGGGCAGCAAGCUGUACCUGCACACCAUCAAUGCCAGGCUGGUGGCAGAGUAUGACUGUAGGGAAAGGAUCUUCUGCCUGACAUACUCCACGGCACCAGAAGGAAGGUCCAUCAAUGUGAUAGCUGGAGGGCUGGACUUUGGUAUUAUCAGACUGUGGAGCAGCUGGGAUCUGCAGGCAGUCCGAGACAUUCGUCACGCUGACAUGGGAACAGCUAUAAUGAGCUUAACUUUUACUCAUGAUAACCAGAGAUUGUUCAGUGCCAACACAGAUGGCAUGGUGAUGAUGUGGUCAAAGACCACCAACAACAAAAUAAAGCCACAGUUUAUACCAUUCUUGCAGUGAUGAACAGAUUUCAAGCAACAAAAUAUGUCAAUUUCUUGUUAAUUGGUGCUAUUUAUAUAUCAAAUUCAUAUAAGCAAUGUACAGUAUUUUGGUAGAUCUAUUUUAGUAGAUCUAUGAGCACUUACAGUACAAGGUCAGUGGUGUUACAUGUAGGUCACAAAGUUAGGUACUCUGUAGAAGGACUGUAUUGUGUGACAUAUUUUUCAGGUUGGACUUUUUUAAAAGAGAUAGCUUACAUUAUAAAAUCACCCCCAUCUAUUCUUAGAUAUUUUUCAUAAUUUUAUAAUGUGAUUUUUGACUGCCAGGCAAUUGAAAAAAGAGUCAUAUUUUAAAAGGGCAGGAACCCUCCUGGGAAUGUUUGAAAGGUCAAAAUGAAAUGUGUGUAGUUAUGUUAUAUUUAUAAAGUGAAAGACAAUUGACUGUUUAAAAGAAAGAAACAAACAAAAUCAUGACAUUUAGAAACAAUGUUGAUCAUGUUUUCUUUAAAUGAAGACUUGCUCACAAAGCCAUGUCCAAAAUGGCCAGUUCUGUUAAUGUAUAAUCGUGCUGUUGGUGCUUUGAAAAGAUUGUUGUAACAGUAUAGUAUUGGUGCAUAUGAAAGUCAUUUUUGAAGGUUUUGAAUUAAUGAUUAACAUUUGACAAAAACAGGGUACUAGUAGCAUAUGUUAAUAGACAGCAGCCUCAUUAUAUAUAUACAGGAAAUCAAAUUUCCAGUAGCGUAUAAUGCUCAGAAUAAAACAGUAUUGAAUCGCAUAAAAACACUAAGCUUAUUUUAUUUAAAGAUAUAUGAUGGUUAACUAUAUUACACUAAGUGACAAUAAAAUAAGUUUUCUGUAGUUCUUGGUUUCAUUCUUUACCCCCUUCCCCUUCACAGCACCAUGCACUUCAUCUGUAGGUAUAAAUAUUUCCUUUUCAUCUUUAUUACAAUUCUGUAUAAAUAUCAAAAGGAUGAAAUUAUUUAUAAUCUUA